CAGGGUUGUGGUGUGAUCGUGUGAAACUGAGCGAGCGCAGCACGGCAUCGCAUGGGUCGAAUGCGGGACAAUGCUUCCAUCGCUUAGGCUUUUAUUUAUUGCAGCUAUUGCGAUAGGAGCAUAUAUAGCAUGUCAAUAUAGUGAUAUCACUUGGUUUCCUAUUUCCAACCUGGGCGUGGUACCUAAAAGCACUUCCGCUAUGGCAACCGACGAUAAGGUAUACGUCGUUCUGGUGAAGGGGAAGGUGAAGGAAGGGCAAGCAGCCCUAUUUGAAAAGUGCUUUGCUCCAUUGGCGAAGCAUGUUACUGACAACGAGCUGGGCACUCUGAGCUACAAGCUCAGCUGGGGUGACAGCGAUCCGGACAGCCUCAUCAUCUUCGAGCGCUAUACCAGCAAGGACUACCUGGAAAACGUGCACUGGAAGUCGGAGCCGUUCGCGCAGUUCCGGAAGGACCUUGAGGCAAAUGGCGUCGAGUGGGUUAUCAAGGAUGUGACCAAGUACUACGAGACGGGACCGGGUUACAUGUCACGGUGAUGUCCUGCAUUACCCCGGGGAGACAUGGCCGACCAUUCCAUGCGGCGAUUCAUAUAGUACCGUAUGGUGGGUUCUUGGAGGUCUGUUGCGCCUUGCCUUGCCGCGGGACAGCAGUAAUAACAAUGAAGAAGGCAUUAGGAAACGCUGCUGUCUAAGGGAAGGAAGUCGGAGUGGUCUUCACCUAGCGUGAUCAUAGAAUGGCUGCCUGUCCAGGCCUGCGUGCCAACGUGGUGAAGCCAGUAUACUGUAAGACUUUGGGUUACUCAGCACUUGCCGUCGCAAGGAAGACAAGCAACCUGCGUGUGGAUGCCCUUUUGGUGGGCACACAUUCAGGUGGCUGCAGCAGUGGUGCUUGGGGUUUGCAAAGUCAUCGUUAGGGCGGUCUGCAUGCGUUGGCAGUACGCCAUAGCCCUGCGAAGGUGGGUCACCCCUAAUUGGUGCACAUGGUCAUACGUAUCAUACGUGGCAUUGGUAGCGGUUGGCUUUGGUGUUCGUCUUGGCUGGAACUGGGCAAGCACUAGGCUUAUUAUGCGACAAUCGUGCCGCAGCGCUUAGUCAAGACUCCAAUGCCAUUCCAAACACUUUUCGCAGGUGCACCGCUGCUCAUGCUCGCAACACCCCCAUCAGACGCCUUAAGGCUGCUGCCGACCUCGCGAUUGCUGCCGUUACCUUCGUUGCUGCUGCUGCUGUUGCUGCAAGCCUGCGCUGUCGCUAGUAUGUCCGGGAUGAUUGUUUGCUGGAGCGCCUGCUUCACAGCCCAUGCCGCGCCCAGACCAGCCUGGUGUUUGGUGUAAUCAAGCUCCCGUG